UAAAGCGGCAACACUGCCAUAAGGUUACUAUAGGUUAUAGAGACCGGUUAUGUUUUCACAACACUGAUCUAAAUCGUUCUAUUUUGCUGCCGAUCCUUGCUUAGAAAGGACCUGCGCACUGUAUUUGAUCGACUUUCUCUAUUCUAGUUUAAAUUUUACAAAUAAAUUUCAGUAUGGGUGAACCCGAGGCAAAGAAAUCCAAGAUGACAUCUCUGGCCCAACUAAAACAUGUGACUACAGUGGUUGCUGAUACCGGUGACUUUGAAGCCAUGAAGAAAUACAAGCCGACAGAUGCCACCACCAACCCAUCUCUUAUUUUGAUGGCCGCUUCUAUGCCUCAAUACAAGCACUUGAUUGAAAAAGCUGUUGAAUUCGGAGUUAAAAACGGAAAGAGUACCCAAGAGAAAGUCGACGCAGCCAUGGAUAAGUUGGUCAUACUGUUUGGAACUGAAAUCCUCAAUAUUAUUCCAGGAAGGGUAUCUACCGAAGUGGAUGCUAGACUGUCUUUCGACCAGAAAGCCAGCAUAGAAAAAGCAAAAAAAUACAUAAAGAUGUAUGAGGAACAAGGAAUCGGCAAGGAGAGGAUUCUCAUCAAGCUGGCCUCUACAUGGGAAGGCAUUCAAGCUGCAAGAAUCCUGGAGUCCGAAUACGGCAUCCACUGCAAUUUGACUCUUCUUUUCUCCUUCUACCAAGCAGUGGCCUGUGCUGAGGCUGGUGUCACUCUCAUUUCGCCAUUUGUCGGACGAAUUUUGGACUGGUAUGUGGCCAACACAAGUCAAAAGUCGUUUGAGCCAUUUGACGAUCCAGGAGUGCAGUCCGUCACUAAGAUCUACAACUACUACAAAAAGUUCGGCUACAAAACUGUGGUCAUGGGUGCCUCAUUCAGAAAUACUGGAGAGAUCAGAGCUUUAGCUGGAUGCGAUCUACUGACCAUCAGCCCAAAGUUGUUAGAGGAACUUGAAAACAGCAACGAAGCCAUCCAUGAAGCACUCAAUGAGAAAUCUGGUAACUAUCACACACAAAUAUAUCUCUGUUGUGAGAUUCACUCCAUAGUGUCAGCUUUUCUCAUGAAUAGAAUCAAUGCCUCCGACUCAACCAAUGCUGACACUCAAGUGAAUCUCAGUGUACCGUAUAUAUCUUUAAUAUUUCAUUUACAAAUAAUUUAUAGUAGGUCCUACCCCCAUUAUUUGUUUUUUUUUUUUUAUUAUUUGUUUUAUUUCAAACAAAAUAUUUUCGUAUUAUUUUAAUAACAACAAUAUUGAAAAAUACAUACUCAGUUUUGAUAAAAUUAUUUUAAAUUGUCACACCACUCUUGAAUUGAAAGAAAAACGAGCUACUUGUUUCGGUUGUUGAAGCAAAACCAUUAUCAAGUUCCAGUUAAUCGAAUAUUACCAUAUAUCCAGCAGAAUAUAAGUUUUUUUAAUAGAGUAUUUUCAUAGGGCCAAUUGAGUUUUAGGGUGAGCUUUUCUAUUAAAUGAGAAAUUUAUUUAAAAUAAUUGUAUUUUCGUAUUUAUUCUUCCUUUAAACUCUUUCAAACUACACCUAGAAUAGACACCAUAUAUUAGAAUAAUUUUUGGAUACUCUGAUUUCUGCUUACAAUUAAUUCAUGCUCGGUUGGAAAGAAAGAAUAGCAUUGAUUCUUAUGGGAGUUUUCACACAUUGGAAGAACAUUGCAAGUGGUUGGUAGAAGUGACUUGAAUUAUAAUUUUUUAUGAGAUUCACCGUAAAUUGUCAUUAAAUAUUAAUUGAAAAUUUCGAUGCUAUUAAUACGGAAUGAUCGUCUCCUUUUGAAGAUUUGAGGGUGAAAGUGAUUUCAAAGACUUACUACUUUUUUAAAUUUAUUUUAUAAAAUAUUUCAUUUUCUCAUUCAUAAUAUUAUGGUUAUAAAAAUGUAUGACAUGUAUUAUCGGAGGACUUUGAGUAUGAUUUACUGUUUGAAUUGAUUACAUUGGUCACACGGUAGACUAGUCAAAUGUGAUCCUGCUAUGCUUAUAUUACUGAUUACAUUCAUUUUUUGACCAUUCGCAUUGUUGUCCACUACUUCCGAUUUCUUCUCAGCUGAAACAGAGGAAUUAUGAUUGUCAUGAUUCAUUAUUGUUAUUUGUUAAUAAUUCAAUGUUGAAUAGAUAAAACAUGUGAUAAAUAUCCAUUUUGAUAAAGACGAUUUGAAAUUUUUA